CAAAGAAGACCAAGCCGGUCAAAAAUGGCGGCUUGAUGCAGCUGUACCGUGCCUCUCGUCGGCCUCUUCCCAAUGAGAUGGGAGAUGGCACAUACAAAAAUGUUGUCAACAGGCCGACUCUGAUGCAGGAUCUGAGCACAAUUACCUUUUCAGACCUAAAGACGCUCAAGGCGAUUAUCGUCUCGAAGCUAAAGGGCGAGACGCAAGCCGAUGACAAGACAAUGCUCAUGGAGAAGACCAUCAAAUUGGUAGCUGCGCUGCCCAAUGGCUCCAAGAGACAAGAGGUGCUCACCAACAUGUUCAUUGACGAGCUGUGGUAUUCCCUUGACCAUCCCCCGUUGUUGUAUAUGGGAGACGAGUUUCGUUUCCGCCAAGCUGACGGAUCCAACAAUAACCCUCUCAUGCCCAAGCUUGGCGCAGCCGGGACUCCUUACUCGCGCUCCGUCAGACCCGGAGUCGUGCCACUGGGAGCCCUACCGGAUCCUGAAGCUGUCUACGAAUCUGUCAUGGCCAGAGACAAGUUUAUCAAGAACCCUAACAACGUCUCGAGCAUCCUCUGGUACUGGGCUACUAUUAUCAUCCACGACUUAUUCUGGACCAACGAGAGAGAUGCCAACAUCAACGAUUCGUCGUCGUACCUCGACCUGGCUCCUCUGUACGGCCAUAGCCAAGAAUCCCAGAAUACUGUCCGCACAUUCAAGGAUGGUAUGCUGAAGCCGGAUGCUUUCGCCGACAAGAGGCUGCUUGGUAUGCCACCCGGUGUUUGCGUCCUUCUCGUCAUGUUCAACCGCUUCCACAACUACAUCGCCACCAACCUGGCUGCCAUCAACGAAGGCAACAGGUUUGCCAAGCCUCCCUCUAACCUUCAGGGAGAUGCCGCGGCUGCAGCUUGGAAGAAGUACGACGAAGAGCUCUUCCAGACUGCUCGUCUGGUGACUUCUGGUUUGUACAUCAACAUUACUCUUGUUGACUACGUGCGAAACAUUAUCAACCUGAACCGAGUUGAUGCCGAGUGGACUCUGGAUCCUCGCCAAGAGGCCGGCACAGACGUUGGCACUUCCAAGGGCUCAGAGCGAGGAGUUGGAAACAGCGUCUCUGCCGAGUUCAACAUCUGUUACCGCUGGCACUCUUGCAUCUCCGAAAUGGACGAAGAGUGGAUGCACAACUUCUAUGACGAGCUUCUGGGCGAAGACUUGGGCACCAUGGACAUGCGCAAGCUCAUGAUGGCCCUGCACAAGUACAUGAUGAGCAUUCCCAAGGAUCCUGCCGACUGCGUGUUUGGCGGAUACACUCGCGGCCCCGACGGACGUUUCGACGAUGACGAUCUCGUCGACUGCAUCUCCACAGCCAUUGAGCAGCCAGGAGGUUCAUUCGGCGCUCGCAACGUCCCUCGUAUCCUGAAGCCUAUUGAGAUGCUGGGCAUCAUCCGCGGCCGAAAGUGGAAUCUUGCGGGCUUGAACGAGUUCCGCAAGCACUUUGGUCUCAAGUCCUACGACACCUUUGAGGAGAUCAACUCUGAUCCCCAGGUUGCUGACGCUCUGCGCAACUUGUACCAGCAUCCUGAUUACGUUGAGCUCUACCCGGGUAUGGUUGCUGAGGAGGCCAAGACGCCCAUGGUGCCUGGUGUUGGCAUUGCUCCCACUUACACCAUUUCCCGAGUCGUCCUGUCUGAUGCUGUCUCGCUUGUGCGUGGCGACAGACAUUACACCACCGACUACAAUCCCAAGUACCUCACUCACUGGGGAUUCAAGGAAGUCGCCUAUGAUCUCAAGGUCAACCACGGCUGCGUCUUCUACAAGCUGUUCAUCCGGGCUUUCCCCAACCACUUCAAGCAGGAUUCCGUAUAUGCCCACUAUCCCAUGGUCAUCCCUCAGGAGAACCGCAAGAUCCUCACCAGCUUGAACCGCGUUCACCGCUUCAGCUUUGAGCGCCCAAGGGCUGCUGCUCCUCGCGUUGAAGUCACAUCCAUCGGCGGCUUCAAGCACGUCUUCUCCAACGCCGACAAGUACAAUGUUCAGUGGAAGGAAGGCCUCGAGAUCCUUACUGGUCGCAGCGGCCGGUACAUGCAGGCCAGCGACCGCAAGACGCUCGAGUCUCUCCUCUACAAGGACAAUUGGAGAAACGUCGUCAAGGCGUUUUAUGCAACGACCGCGGAGAAGCUCUUGGCAGAGAAGUCGUACACCAUCAUGGGCAAGAAGCAUAUCGACGUCGUUCGUGAUCUUGGCAACACGGCUCAUACCCACUAUGCUGCGCAGAUCUUCAACAUCCCUCUCAAGACGCAGGAGAACCCCAAGGGUGUCUUCUCCGAGCAAGAGCUGUAUGCUGCUUUGGCUGCCAUUUUCACCACAAUCUUCCUUGAUAUUGAUCCUGUUGAAUCUUUCCCUCUUCGCCAGAAGACCAAGGAGAUUGCCGAUGCGCUCGGCGCGUCAAUUGAGACGACGGUCAAGUACACCAAGUCCUUUGGUCUGCGUCUAUUCACCGGCAGUACCAAGAAUGACCCUCUGUCCACCGCAGGUGUCAAUGCCGUCAAAGGUCUGGCCAAGUCUGGCCUUAAUGCUCAUGAUAUUGCUUGGGGAUUGAUCAUCCCUACCGCUGCUGCUGCUGUGCCAUCUCAAGGCCGACUGUUUGCACAAGCUCUUGACUGGUAUCUCUCUACCGAGGGCGCUCCCUACGUCGAUGAUAUCCACGUCUUAGCCAACCAGGAGCCUAGCCCCGAGGUUGACUCCCUCCUCCUCGGUUUCGCAAUGGAGGGUGUCCGUAUGGCCGGUGCCUUCAGCCUGCACCAUGUCUCCACCGGCACCGAUACCAUCACUGAGGACGACGGACGCAGGGUCAAUGUCAACCAAGGCGACAAGGUCUUUGCCUCCUUUGUGUCUGGUGCCCGCGACCCUACCCAGUUCCCCAACCCUGAAACCAUCGACCCUCGUCGUCCUCUCGACUCUUACAUCCAGUUCGGCGCCGGCACUCACACUGCCGUAGGUAAAGAAGUCAGCCAGAUUGCACUGGUGGAGCUCUUCCGCGCCAUCUUCAAGAAGCAAGGCCUGAAGAAGGUCGCGGGACCGCAGGGUGAGUUGAAGAAGGUUGCCAGAGAGGGCGGUCUCAGCGAGUAUCUUACUGAGAACUGGGGCACUCUUUCGCCUUUCCCUCUUUCGAUGAAGGUUACUUGGGAUAAUUAGCAGAGGAGAGAGGAGAAAGGGAGAAAAAAGGGGGCUGGGUGUGAGGAAGCAGAGUAGGAUACCCGGGUAAGAUGCAGAGGAAUGAAGGUUGAAAGGUUUAGUGAAUAAUAAUGUUGGUUAAUACUGGAGGUUAAUACUAGAGGCGGAGCUAAUAUAGUCAAUGAUUUAAUAUAUACUUUUCUAUCUAUAAAAAGGCUUAACUGACUCUACGAUGUCUGUAAGGGACGUAAACGAGUUCCUUUUUUUACGGAGUUUAUAUCACUGAGAUAGAACUGACAUUAUUGCUCUCCCUCGGACAUCACGUCGGUGUUUCAACAAUCGAUAUAGCAAGGUUCAUACAUACGGUUAAGAUGGAACAUGUAAAAAGAAAAACGAAAAAAAAAAAAAAAAAAAAAAGAAUCCCCAAACAUCAACCAAGACAACAGAGAAAAAAACACUGGACGAACGGGGAAUCGAACCCCGGACCUUUCCCAUGCGAUGCCACAACUCAAAGGUUGCAAGAUGCUAAGGGAAAAUUAUACCACUAAACCAUCCGCCCAUGCUAUUCGUUGUCAAGCAUUUCCAAAAGAAUCUCUAUCAAAGAGACCAGCUACGACUUCAUUUUCAAAAUCCAAAGCAAUUUUAUUCUCUAUCCCCUUCUUUCUCUCCCAAAUAUUUCACCAUAAUUGACACACAUUUUGAUAUCACCAAUAAAGAAAAAAAGGAAAAAGAACAAAGGAGACCCUCAAAAGCAUGAAGAUGCAGGUAAAUAAACAACCGAAUCUACUUAAGAAAAAAAAAAGGUUAAAUAGCUGUCUGUCUGUCUGUAUGUAUGUUGAGAAUGCGGUCAAUGGUAUCAUCCACGUCUUGUAAUAAAAAAGAAAAAAGUUCAAUAUUAGCACACUUUGCACAACAACCCGGCGCGGACAAAAAAAAUAGCUUCCCCUUCUGUCUUUCACUUUGUCUCUUUCUUUCUUGUUUUUUUCCUCUCCUCUUUUUAUAACCUACAACAACAAAUGAUUUGUACUCCACGCCUAUCUCUGUUUCGUCUCCGCUCCCAAGUCACGCAUGCGACAGACCAAAAAGAAAAAGAAAUGAAAAGGGAAGAAAAAGGAGAAAGGGGACAGGUCGGGAGGAGAAGAGAGUGAAUAUGAUGUUUCCUCUGAGGACAAAAGAAAAGAAAAAAGAAAUGAACCCAACCAGAUGAACAGGAAAGUGUGGCCAAAGUGGAACAAUCAAUCAAAAACACGCGUGCUCUCGAAUGAGAAAGGGAAAAUGUAAGAACAAAAAGAAAAGGAAAAGAAACGCAAAGUGCUGAUUAUGUUGCAAAACAGUGUUUAAAAAUCAUAGAGCCCAACAAUUCCGCCCGACCGUUUCCUUGUCCUUCAUGCGGAAUCAUCAGAGAAAAAAAAUAAGGGGUUGUCAAAGUUUGGACCCUUUUGUGUAUAGUUAACAUCGCUGAUUUUAUGCGCCAUGCCGUGCUUUGUCGUAAUACCAAUCAAUUUUCAAUCCACCAGCGCAAGGAUAGAGUCUUGUAGUUGUUGUAGUCCGCCUACAUGACCAUUCUAAUUCCACCUUCUUGGGCGUUCUCCUUCUUGGGGAGUGGUGGUAAAACCUUGUUGAGACUUCCUCGGCUGACCGGUCGGGCUACUUUGAGCGAAUUGUCUCUGCUCACAGUUCCAUUGCUGUUGUCACCAUAACCACUGUCCGAGCUAUCGGGCUUAAGGAAGGUUUGUUCGUGGGCAGGCGGUGUUGGUGGAGGCGCCCGGCUCGGCUCCGGCGUGUCAUUCCAAGAUGUCGAAUGAAUCCACCGUUCCGUUUCGUCUUUGCUGCUUUCUCCAGCUUCUUCUACCACGGGUAAAAUAGCCUCGUGCUGUGAAUCUCUCGCGCCUGGCGCCGUCGC